AUGCCAAAAUUUUUAGGAAUCGAUUGGAUUGACCCAUUUUCGUCGUUGGAACGAAAAAAGACAUAUUUGGGCAUGGUGGUCCAUGCCAUCUAUUGCUAUCCAAUUGGAAAUAUGCUCCUGACGGUCCCAUUUUUCAUGCUCUUCCCAUUUCACUGGUCAUUGCUCAUUCUACUUUAUGCCGCAUGGGCAUAUUACGAUAGAAAUACGCCAUCAAAAGGGGGCUAUGGAUUCGAAUUCAUUCGAAAAUGGAGAAUCAACCGGUGGUACGGUGGAUAUUUUCCAGCAAAAGUUCACAAAACCGCCGCAUUGGACUCAAAGAAGAAUUAUAUAUUGGGUUAUCAUCCACAUGGUAUCAUUUCAAUGGGCGGAUGGGUCAAUUUUGCAUCCAAUGGGUCAGGAAUUAUGGAUAUGUACCCUGGAAUCACCUUCAAUCUAUGCACAUUGGGUCUAAACUUCAAAAUUCCGAUUCGAAGAGAAAUUCUGUUGCUUUUUGGAUGUAUCGAUUGCUCUAAAGAGUCAAUGGAAUACAUUUUGAGUUCAAAAAACCAGGGAAGAGCACUAGUUUUGGUUGUGGGCGGAGCCGCCGAGUCCCUAGAUGCUCAUCCUGGAAAACAUGAGCUCACUUUGAUGAGCAGAAAGGGUUUCGUAAGAGAGGCAUUGCUCACUGGAGCACAUUUGGUUCCAGUUUACUCGUUUGGAGAGAAUGAUGUCUUUGAACAGGCCGCCAACCCACCGGGCUCGACCCUCCGAAAAUGGCAAGAGAAACUGCGUAAAUCAAUGGGGACUGCACUUCCAAUGGUAAAAGGACGUGGAUUUCUACAGUAUACCUUUGGUUUUCUACCGUUUCGACGACCCAUUAAUACAGUAAUCGGUGCGCCGAUUACUGUAGAAAAAACGGAAAAUCCGACGAAGGAGCAAAUUGAAAAAUUGCAUGAGCAAUAUGUUGAGAAACUGGUGGAACUAUUUGAAGAGCAUAAACAACGAUUUGGAAUUUCUAAGGAUGUCAAUUUGGUUUUGAAAUAG